AUGUUGUCCGCCUCGCUCGCGGACGCCGUCAAGAUCGAGGGGGCGCUGCUGCUGAAGAAGGACGCGCGCAGCCCCCCCGCCGCCAGCCCGACGCGCUCCGAGGAGCAGGGCUCCCGCGCGCGGCUCCCCCCCCGCGCAGUGCGCGGCAGGGCUCCCGCUGCCGCGGGCAGGGGCGGCCGCGCGGCGGUCGCCGCCGCGCUGGCUGUGGCCGCGUCCGUGCUGCUGAGGGGCUGGCCGGCGUCGGUGCCGGCGUGGCUCGCGGGCGCGCCCGCGCGGCGGCGGGCGCCGGCGCGGUCGGCGCGGCCAGCGGCCGCCGAGGCCCCCACGGCCGGGAGGCCGGUGUCGGACCUGAAGGUGGGCGAGACGCUGGAGGGCAGGGUGGCUUUCAGGAAUACCAACGGCGUUUAUGUCGACGUCGGAGUGUUCGGCACCAACGGCUUCGAGAAGAACGGGGCGGUCUUCGCGCCGACGCGCCUGGCGAAGGCCCGCCUUGCGCCGAACCAGACCGUGAGUGCGACGGUCGAGAGGGUCGAGGGCGACAAGUUUUGGGUGUCCGUGGACGGGGUGCCGAAACUGCGGCUGCUCAAGGAUCUGAGCGUGGGCGAGACGCUGGAGGGCUUCGUCGCCCUCAUGCGGAAGGGCGGCGCCAUCCUGAUCGACGUCGGCGCCGAGAGGCUGGCGAGCACCUUGGCGCAGCGGAGCGAGUUUACGAAGCUCAAGAUCGGGCAGCAAGUGGUGACGACGGUCGAGAAAUUGGACGGCGAAGACGUGUGGGUGUCGGUUGCUGGACUGACCAAGGCCAGGCUGUCCGCCGAUCUGCAAGUGGGCGAGAAGCUGGAGGGCAAGGUUGUCCAGAAGAAGAGCGAUGCCGUCCUCAUCGACGUCGGGUGUGAACUCAUCGCGAAAGCAUUCGCACCGAGGAAGGACGCUCAGAUGAAGCUCGAGCCCAAUCAGACCGUCAGUGUCACAGUCGAGAGGGUUCAGAGUCGAUCGAUUUUGGUGGCCGUCGAGGGACUGCCCAAGCCGAUUGGCCCAAAGGCAGGCGAGACGCUGACGGGCAAGGUCGCUUACAAGUCGAGGGACGGUGUCUUUGUCGAUAUAGGCUUUGCGGAGGAAGCGCGCGUCUUCGCACCCAAACUGCUGGCACUAGACACGCUGGAAAAAGGUCAGACGGUGACGGCGACCGUGGAGGAAACAGGGAGCCGCUCGAUUUGGGUGUCUGUCGAGGGGUUGCCUAAGAUGAGAAUGAUCGAGGACCUGAAAGAGGGCGAGGUGAUCGAGGGCGUGGUUGCCAAGAGGUCACAGCAUGCCGUCUACCUCGACAUUGGCUCCAUGGCGAUGGCACGCGUGCUCGCGCCGAGAGACGAUGCGCUCGCCAAGCUGGAGUACAAGCAGGUUGUGAACGCGACGAUCGAGAGGGUGAGGUCCAAGUUCAUCGUCGCAUCUGUCCCAGGGCUUCCCAAGCUGAACUUCUCGAGGAGAUCCAGGCGGGUCAGUCGGUCGACGGCUUCGUGGCCCAUAGGAACGCUGGCGGCAUCCUGGUCGACAUCGGCUGCGAGCGUCUCGGCCUCCUGUCAACAUCCAGGGGGGACGUGUUCAAGCUCGAGCAUUUAG